UAUGGAGUUUGGCAGCAAUCAGGGAUGCCUUUUCUUCAUUAGUGCUCUGUCAUCAAACCAUAAAGACUAGAGCCCUGAUCCCAGUUGUGGUUCUUUGCUCCUGAAUCCUGGAUCUUGUCCUUUGGCAACACUGUGUGCUCCCAAUUUUUGGCUGCGUAGAAACAAGGGAAUCUCCUGCUACUGCUCUUUGGCUCUGAGUGUGAUUUCACUGAACGGCCCAUAAGAAAGCCAGGAAGAAGAGAUGGACCACAUUGGACACCAGCGGACACCAGCCAUAGCUGACAUGGAAAGAGCCGAAGUCCGGAUCUCUAAAUCUCUCUCAGAUGGUGAAAAAAGAGCUAUUGCUUCUAGAAAGCAAGAGGUGAAGAAAGGCCUUGCCAAGCUUGGAAUUCAGUGUGAUAUGGACAAAAUCCCCAAUAUUACUGUCCUGGGAUCAGGAGGAGGUCUGCGGGCCAUGAUUGCUCUUUAUGGGACAUUAUUGGGGCUGAAGGAAUACAAACUUUUGGACUGCAUAAUGUAUUUGGCUGGGGUGUCAGGUUCUACCUGGUGUAUGUCAGCUCUCUACGGAACUGGAGACUGGGUGCAAAAUAUAGAGUUAGUGGAAAAACGUCUGUGUGAAACACUUGCCAAUAGUGACUGGGAUCUGGAGGAGGCCAGAGAAGCUGCGAUGGAGGCUUCAGAAGAUGAAUGUUACUCACUGACUGAUUUAUGGGCCUAUUUUAUAGUGCAAAGGAUGCUAAAAGAGUUAGAUAAGUCUGAACUGUCUAUGCACAGAAGAUCUUGUGAGACUGGGAAAAAUCCUUAUCCUAUCUAUGCAGCAGUGGACAAGGAAACACAUCACAAACAAAAUGCAGGCACCUGGCUUGAAUUUACCCCACAUGAAGCUGGGAUUCCUGGCCUGGGGGCAUUUGUUGACACCAAAUACUUUGGGAGCGUAUUUGAGGAAGGGCAAAUGUGUGAAAAAAAGGAGGAGAAAUGUAUCGGCUAUCUGAGAGGUUUAUGGGGAAGUGCCCUUGGAAGUGCGGAGGAUAAUUUUAAUGCAAUAAUAGAUAUUUUAAAGCACUUUUUGCAUCUUUGUGCAAAAUAUGGCAAAUCAAGACCUGGAAGUUCAACAAAGUUCGGUGACCAAGACAUUGAGAUAGUUGUCCAGGCCUAUCAGGUUCUUCUAGAGCUGCUACAGCAUUUGUCAGAUGGAAGAACUGAUGAGAAACUUUUUGACAAUUUUGAAAAGAUCUUGAAAGAUCACAGAGGCAGCAGAAGCCAUGGACAAAUCAAAAGAAUGCGUCAGAUCUGGCAUUCUUUAGAUCCUGAAGAAAGGAAGAAAGAGUGCAUGAAGCUUGAUGAAGCUUUGGACAUCGAUUUUGGAGGAGUAAAAGAAAUGAAGAAGCAGCAGCUUCAAUAUGGUUCUCGAAUUGAAGCUUCCAUUUUUCGCUUCCUUAUCUUCAUGAAAAAGACCCUUUCAUGCCUUUGCGGAUGGACAUGGGGAAGUACCAAUAACUUCCUGUACCAGUGCUCGAAUGUCAAACUUCCGGAGCUGACAAACAAACGGGUUUUGUACUUCAUUGAUGCUGGUUUGUCCAUAAACACUCCUUACCCACUUGUGCUGCGUCCGGAGAGGCAGGCGAAACUGAUCCUUUCCUUUGACUUCAGUGCUGGGGACCCUUUUGAGACCAUAAAACAAGCUGCUAAAUUUUGCAAGGAGAAUGGAAUGCGAUUUCCCAAGAUAGAUGAAAAAGAACUGCAGGAUACAGACAACCCAUCAGACUGUUAUAUCUUCAAAGGGGAGAAUGCACCAACCGUCAUGCAUUUCCCACUAUUCAACAAAGUCAAUUGUCCAGGUAAAAUUGAUGAAUAUAGAAAUCAAUUUGGCACCUUCAAGAUGAGCUAUUUAGAGAGAGAAAUUGUAAAACUGCUCACUGCAGCAAAGAAGAACGUAGCAAAUGUUCGACAAAAGAUUGUAGAGGAGAUCAAGUGUGUUGCAUGUCCUCUUUCAUGAAAGCCUUAAGCAAACUGCUUCUGCUCCACUGGUCUAAUCACUGAUUCACACAACCUCUUUAAAUGAUUAAAUGAUUUUAAUGUUAAUGAUUUUAAUGUUUAAAUGAUUUUAAUUGUUUUGUUUUUAUUUUGAUAUAAACUGGCCUGAGCAAUUUUUGGAAGGGCGCUAUAGAAAUCAAGUAAAUCAAGUAAAUAAAUAAAUAAACCAGACAGUACUUAAUUGCCAGUGGAUAUGCACUUGUAUGGAUAAAUGCAAUUUUGCAAACUAAAAUCAUAGAUACAAUUGGGAGGAAGUGUUGUGUUCAUGGAGCCUGGGAGGAAAAUUGCUCUGUUCAUAUCUAUGUAAAACAUUUACAUAAUGUAAAAUUACAAUAAAAACGUAAAUUUGC